CAUAUUUCAACAUCUCCCGAGAACAUAUUUGUGUGGGGCACUAUGCCAAGUGCUGGGUCUGCAAGGAAAUAAGACACCGCUCCUCUCAGAGUCACAACAGUAAUGACCAACAUUAGCAGAGCCUUCGCGAGCCUGGGGGAAACCAAUUAGGCAUGGCAAAGCUCCCCACGGAUCCCUCUUGGAAGGCAGAUUCAGAAUCCAAACGCGGACGAGGAAGGAGACUCCCGAAACGGAGGCGGUCCGGAGGGAAGGCUAGGGGAAAAGAGGGAAGCCGCCUUUCCCUAGGGAGGGAAAUCUGUCAGAGCCACUCAACUGUUUCUCUGAGGCUGCCAGGGAGAAGAGGUUUGUUUUUCUUUUAGGAAGAAAAGAGCCCUUUUCCCUACUGGGCUCGGUUUCUAGUAGGGGAAGCUCCGCCUCCUAGGGCUGUUGAUUGGCCCAACUUUUUUCCAGCUAAUUUUUACCAGCAUCCUCUCGGUCUGAUUGGCUCGCUUUGCUGAAUUCCGCCGGGAGCCGCAUCCUACCUGGUCGCGAGGGGUACAGCCUCCCCACCUUCUCCUUUCUGCACUCACCAGUCUGCAGCUGAGGUGGGAGGAAAAGUCCUGGCUGGAGAACUGAGAAGAAAAGCGAUCCCCAUGGGUUCUUGGAAAGCUCUUCUCUUCUCCCCUUUUCUGCUGUGGAAUCAGAGGAGAGGCGUGAGGUUGAUGUUCCUGUUGCUGACCGUGCAUCUGGGAAACUGUGUUGAUAAAGCAGAUGAUGAAGAUGAUGAGGACUUAACAGUGAACAAAACUUGGGUCUUGGCACCGAAGAUUCAUGAAGGAGAUAUAACACAAAUUCUCAACUCCUUGCUUCAAGGCUAUGACAAUAAACUUCGCCCAGAUAUAGGAGUGAGACCCACAGUAAUUGAAACUGAUGUUUAUGUAAACAGCAUUGGACCAGUUGAUCCCAUAAACAUGGAAUACACAAUAGAUAUAAUUUUCGCCCAAACCUGGUUUGAUAGCCGUCUAAAAUUCAACAGUACCAUGAAAGUACUCAUGCUGAACAGUAACAUGGUUGGGAAACUCUGGAUCCCUGACACCUUCUUCAGAAACUCAAGAAAGUCUGAUGCUCAUUGGAUAACAACUCCCAACCGUCUUCUUAGAAUAUGGAACGAUGGGCGGGUUCUAUAUACUCUAAGACUGACAAUUAAUGCAGAAUGUUACCUUCAGCUUCAUAACUUUCCUAUGGAUGAACAUUCAUGUCCAUUGGAAUUUUCAAGUUAUGGAUACCCUAAAAAUGAAAUUGAGUAUAAGUGGAAAAAGCCUUCUGUAGAAGUGGCUGAUCCUAAAUACUGGAGAUUAUAUCAGUUUGCAUUUGUAGGAUUACGGAACACAACUGAAAUCUCUCACACAAUCUCUGGGGACUAUAUUAUCAUGACAAUUUUCUUUGACCUGAGCAGACGAAUGGGAUAUUUCACUAUUCAGACAUACAUUCCAUGUAUUCUGACUGUUGUCCUUUCUUGGGUAUCUUUUUGGAUCAAUAAAGAUGCAGUACCUGCAAGAACAUCACUGGGUAUCACCACAGUGCUGACUAUGACAACUCUGAGUACAAUUGCCAGGAAGUCCUUACCCAAGGUUUCCUACGUGACUGCGAUGGAUCUCUUUGUUUCUGUCUGUUUCAUUUUUGUUUUUGCAGCUUUGAUGGAGUAUGGCACCUUGCAUUAUUUUACCAGCAACAAAAAAAUUAAGACUGCUAGAGAAAAAAAGCCAAAAAUCAAGACCUCGAUGUCCUCUGGACUCCAUCCUGGAUCUACUCUGAUUCCAAUGAAUAGCCUUUCUCUGCCGCAAGGAGAAGAUGAUUAUGGCUACCAGUGUUUGGAGGGCAAAGAUUGUGCCAGCUUCUUCUGUUGCUUUGAAGACUGCAGAACAGGAUCGUGGAGGGAAGGGAGGAUACACAUACGCAUUGCCAAAAUUGAUUCCUAUUCUCGAAUAUUUUUCCCAACAGCUUUUGCCCUGUUCAAUCUGGUUUAUUGGGUUGGCUAUCUUUACUUAUAAAUUCUACUUACUGGGAAAAAUGAAAAAGAAGUCUGACUAAAUCCAAUAUAAUCUACUGUCCUUCAAUAGCAUGAAGUUUGAAUUCAAAAUGCAGAGAAACCAAUGGUUUAAAUGUGAAUAGUUAUUUUACCUAUUUUAUGGCUUUCAUAGGUAAAUAAAGUAGCAGCUUUCAGAUUAAUGUACUUUAUAUAAAACAAGUUAUUGCAAAAUUCAGCCUAUUAAAAUAGUAUUGUAUAUUUGUACUUUAAUUUUCUUUAUUUUUACAUAUAUCCUAUUAGGAGUUUGAAUUUAUGAGUUCUGUGAUUCAUAUUUUAAAGAUGGAAUAAUUUAUUACAAAUUUUAUUUAAAUUCAGCCAAUCAUUUGUAAUGGUAACGUAAUCUAAUGCCUAAUAAUAUGUAAUCUUUUUUUACCUAGAAAAUAUUGUUAAUUUGUUUUAUUUUUUUUUGCUUUUUAUUUUUAUGUUUUGUUUGGGAUAGAACUAGUUGAAAACAUUAAACCAUGAUUUCAUUGGGUUGAUCUCUAAGAAGCUUUACACCUCCAAACAAAUUAAUUUUUAAAUUUUUAUUUUUUAACGAAGAAAGGCCAGUUUUUAGCUUACCUUUAAUCUAGUUCAUUUCCUGAUGAAAUAUUUAGGUUUGGUGGCUUGCAAACUAGGAUGGAAACUAUCAAAGAUACUUAAAUACAAGGUGAAAAGAAAUGAAAAAUAUUACAUUUAACCAUUUUAUUCUCUGUCUCAUAGCGUUUAUGAAGAACAAAGAGAUUAAUACUGAAAUGUUUAGAUCUACCAACCUUGAAAUUAAAUGACUUUUUCUUAAUCUUCUGCAAAAGUAUCAUAUCCCUAAAAUUAACAACAACAGGAAACAUUGAGGAACAGGGCUUGUAUUUACUCCUGUGGCUAAAGAAUAUCAUCCAGCAAAUUGAUUUGAAAUUCAAUUUGAGCAUAUUGUCUUAGGUACAUGCUAUUAACAUUUUUCAGACCAGUGAUAUUCUGGAAAGUUUCAGGCCUCUGUUGUAUAUUGUCUUUUCCAGUUCCUAAUUUCAGCUUGGUCAGCUUUAUGAGUUUGUUAUAAAUUAUAAUGACAUUCUCUUUUUUCAGAAAAUGUGAGCAGGCACAGAAACUAUAUUAAAGGUGAAAUUCUGUUAGAGGUACCUCUAAUGAAAAUGAGUGUAUGGAACGCUCUCAAUUCUGAGAGACAGGAACAAAAAUAAUCUUACUAUAGUUUAGCCCCUGUUGAUUAAUAGUUUCCAAAUGUCUGUUUUGUUAAGAGGCAAGUUAAAGUCAGGCUUUAAUUAUUGUAUUGCUGUAACUAGUUUGGCAUAUCAAUUAUUUAUAAGAACUCCCUGUUCAUUCACCAUCACCUGAUGAUUUGGAAAAUCACCAGGGUGAUCUUGAGGGUAGCCUUUAAACAUUGUUUCCAUGGUCAACAGCAACUACCAGGACAGGGUUUUAAGAUCCUGACCCACUCAGGUGGAGGAAGCUACCCCUUGUGCACGUGACCCCAUGUGGUUAGUGAAUCCAUGAAUGUGCUCUGGCGUGGUUAUACUUGGGCUUUUAGAAUAUAUAGGGGUUAUUUUAGUCUCGUAUAUUUCAUUUUGUAUCAACAGCCUACAUCUGAAUUUCUUCACUUUGCUUAUAAAUCUUGGGGAAACGUAACCAUGAAUUAAGUGAUAUUGCCCAAAUAUCCACCGACACUGCUUUUUUUGAAUGGAGAGCCAGAUUAGACUUUGGCCAUGUAUAUAUUCACUUACAAAGCGCUCAUGCUUUCAUGUUUAUAACAUUGCAUAUUGACAGAUAUUCUUAAGGUAAACAUUCAUUUAAAGAGAAAUGAAAAGUGAAGUACCAAUGAAGAAUAAGUCAUUUCACUAAAAUGUAUCAUGGAUAUUUCCACGUUUUAAACUCUAGCCUGCUCAUUAUCAUGGGGGCAGUUUUAAUUCUGGUAUUCUUUCUAGUCUAUCUGAGCAUGACCAUACUUCAAAAUUCUUAAAAAUUAAUAUGAACAACUUUGCUUUUCUCACUGUGUUCCAUUAACUCGACUUUACUGUUAACAGUUUUCACAUUGUGAAUAAAUGAACAUAAAUAUGAUGAUAAAAAUUAGAUAAAAAUAUGACAGAUGGUUGUCUACAUACAUUCAUUGUAUAUAUCAUCAAGACAUGUGAUUUAUUUUCAAAGCCAGUGAUAUUCUGAGCAGUUCUAUUUAAAUAUGCAAAUCAGAAAGGGAAGUGUGUACAAAUUUUAUUCUUUCUAAAAAUGAGAAUGAAAAGAAGAUGCAAUUAGAUUAUUUUUUACAAGAAAUCAAGUAGCUCUUACUAUAAAAGGAAAUGCAGUCUAAUCCCUGUUUCUCUUUUCUUUCAAGUAUUAGUUUUAUUAUUUUAGGGAAGAAUUCUUAAAAAAAAAUUCCUCCUUUUAUCCAGGUGAGUUACAUCUUGAUUUUAUUGGAUUCACUGGCACUUGUGUUUUCUGACUAUUUAAAUAUACACUGAAUAACAUACACCACAAGAAAAAAAAAUAGAUAUAGAAAGGAUAAUUGGACCAGAGGGACUUAAAAUAAUUUGGAGAAGUGUUAAUUCACAUAGCACUAUCCUCUAAAUAUGUUACCAGGAUCUAGAAGUAUUGAAAAGGAAAAUUGUGACUGGUAUUUUAUUCUCUUGGAUUUAUGAUUGCAUGAAAAUAUUUUAUCUAUUUUGAAUUGCAUAGAUAGACUCAAUUGAAAUCAAAUUUCUAAAAUGUCAAGUCAUUUCUGGAAAAAAAAAAAGAAAAGCUUAGAUUUUCUGAGAAUUCCAUAGGGAAAGGGCAUAAUUCAAGAGUAAAUCCAAUUAAAUAGAAGGUGUUAAUGUAAUAAGAAAUUAGACAAUUCAUUGGAUACAUUAUAUUUUAAAGAUAUAGAUUUCAUUAAGGAGUUUUUAAAACUUAUUAACUUUAGGUUAAAGUACAAUAAAUAUGGGCUUCCCUGGUGGCUUAGAUGGUAAAGAAUCUGCCUGCAAUGAGGUAGACUCAGGUUCAUUCACCAUUGCAGGCAGGGAUUGGGAAGAUCCCCUGGAGAAGGGAACAGCUUCAGUAUUUCAGUAUACUGAAAUAUACUGAACCCACUUCAGUGUUCUUGCCUGGAGUAUUCCAUGGACGUAGGAAACUGGCAGCCUAUGGUCGAUGGGGUCAAAGAGUCGGACACGACUGAGCGACUAACAUUUCACUUUUCACAAUAAAUGUGGGUAAAUAUAGAAACAACCCCCAGGGUUUUUCUCCCCCUUUAGUGUGUUCCCAUAUUCUGAUAUUAAAUUUAAUCAUAAGAUAUCUUAUAUAGUGUGUUGUGAAGAAAGGCAUCACGUACUUUGAUUAUACAAGAGAUUUAGAUAAGAUGAUAUGUUUGAGUUUAAAAUUUAAACUAUUUACCAAUAAUUGAAUAAAUGCAUAAUAAACAAACACAUGUAUAAAGUCAUCGGUUUAUUUUUUUGUUGCUCAGUCAUUCAGUCAUGUCUGACUCUUCAAGACCCCAUCACCUGGAGCCCACCAGGCUCCUCUGUCCACGGGGUUUUCCAGGCAAGAACACUGGAGUAGGUUGUCAUUUCUUCCUCCAGGGAAUCUGUCUGAUUCAGGGACUGUACCUGUGCCCCUGUGUCUUCUGCAUAGGCAGGCAGACUCUUUACCACUGGACCACCUGGGAAGUCCCCAAAGUUUUACACCAGUGCCUAUUUUCACUCUUGAAAAAUUCAGCAAGAUACCACAUUUGCAAUUACAAUAUUUCAUUGAUCUUAGCUCUGGAGUUUAAGUGAAGUGGCUCCAUAGACAGUGAUUUAGCAUUUGUCCCAAGAAUAGCAUUUUGAAAAUAAUUUCUGACCAAGCUAUUUGUCUUUACAUCGUCAAAUUUACGUAACUCCCUUUGUCACACCAAACAAGUCCAGACUUACUUGCUAUUGUUUCUAUCGGUCAUCACGGUUUUUGCUGCUGGAGCCCUUAACAAAGCAUAGUAAAGUCACGGAAACCACUCCCAGCCCUCUAACAAAAUUUUCUAAAUGGAGUGUCCAGACACUAUUGACCACACUGCUCUAGUCAAUUUAAGGUCAGGUCCGCUCUUCUUGUGUGUGCAUUUUGAAAAUAACCUAACUUAAGUCAAAUAUUUAUGCAGCACUUCCUAUGUAUAAGGUAAUGAGGUACAAGAGGGAAUGUAAAAAAUGAACUUUCCAUAGGAAAAUUAUCAUAUAAUCAGAAGAUUAGUUAUACAGUUUAAGAGAGGGAAGGUAACUCUGAGAAAGUUUCUUGGAGAAUAUGUGCUUAGACAUGGGAGCUUGAGAAUUCAGUAUGUCAAUAGGUGAGGUUAAUAGAGACCAUGUUUUCCAGUUGAGUAAACAGCUUGAAAAAAGAAACAGAAUCAAAUGAAAGUUUGCUUUUAUUUGGGUACAAAUAAAAGUUCAUUUUAACUGAAGGUUAAAAUUCAUACAGGAACAAGCAAAGAUGAGGCUAGAUAGGUAGGUCUAGCCCCAUGAUAGGCAAGAAUACAAAUUUCAGAGGGCUGGGUGAUACAAGACUGGUGUGCUGCAGUCUUAUGGGGUUGCAGAAAGUCAGACAUGACUGAGCUACUGAACUGACCUAGGUGAUACCAAUUCUUGAAGAGUUUAUGACGUUAGGUGAAUACAGAAGCAUCAUUAUUCAUAUCACAAAAGUUUCAUCCUACUGGUGUGUGUGUGUGAUGUUUAGAAUAAGAAAAACCAGUUAGGAAGCUUCUACUAUAAUACAUGGAAGGAGAGAGAAUGAAGGUCAGUAUGCUGGGAAUAGAAGUUCAGUGGAGUAGGGGGAAAGAUAGAUCCUGAAAUAAAAGGAAAAAAUGGCAAACAAGAAGCUGUGAUUAAUACACAAUAUUAACUAAGUGACAUGCUGUGUGUAAGAAAGGGCAUCCUACAUUGCAUAGUAGGUAUGCGAGUGUAAACACACUAAAUUAUUACAAGGUAAUUUCAGAUGUAUUAUGAUCUUGUUGUUACUUGUAACAUUUUAAUCAAAUGCUUAUUUUCCCUACUGAUCUAAGGUUUUCCCACAUUAGGGAUGACAAAAAAGAAUAAUCUCCUGAAAUAUAAUCUGUCCAGGUUGUUAUUAUUUUGUAAAAAUCUGUUUCCUCACUGAAAAGGGCUUUCUCUUCAAGUAACUUUCUCUUCUUUCUUUCUAACUAAGGAAAAACACUAUAUUUGGACAAAGAGAGGAAGGGAAGAGAAGUGUGAACAGAAAUAGGCUGCUGAGUGCCCAGACAAAUGCAGGAAGUUGAUUUCUGAUUCUCAAACAAUUUCUGAAAUAUUUGUCUCAAAGUAAAUUAUUGUUGGACAAUGGAAUGUAUCUGGUACCUUUGAAUCUGUGUGAAUAGUUCAGAUGAGCCUGUGAUAGCUAUAUUGCAGUUAAGCUGAAAAGAGUUACUAAUUAAAAGGCUUUUAAGAUAUAGAUGAUCUAAAUAUAAAUGGUUUGGAUCUUGAUAAGCUACUGUGACGACAGUUAUUUGUGUCCACACGUAGUCACUUUGUAUAAUAAAAUCUUAUGGCUUGUGAUUGCAGCGGCUUCUGUUAUCAGCUUCUGACUUGUCGUUUUGGGGAGCAUCCUGCGAGUGUGUGGCAAAAGUAUCUCAGUUUAUCUGUCUUCUGUCCUUUAAUGAUUCUAAGUGCAAAUGAAUGCAGUAACUUAUUAUGAA